AUGUCCAACACGCGUUCUCGACAACGAGAAGAUGUCGACAGGGCCUAUGACAUCCAGACACGAGCUGGCAUUGAAGGUGCAGUGCGAGGCACUGGAGUAGGGACGGGUUUGGCCAUGAUUGCUCACUUUUCAUGGCCGUGGUUCAGGCGGCAAACUCUACCCUUCAAAUCGUUUCUAGUGUCGAUAUCAACUAUCUUUGGUCUCGUUCUUGGUGCCGAAAGGGCAUUGCUAACCCACGAGGCUGACCGCCGAAGAGAGGAGAAUGCUCUUCGUCGGCAAGCAAGAUACGAUCUUGCACGAAGAGGUUUGAUAGGCACAGAAACAGAGAUUGCGAAAUGGAGAGCAGAGCGGGAUGCAGCUCUUCAAGCUGAGCAAGCCAAAACAGAAUAG